UCGUUCCCGGUGUAGCCGUUACCUCGGUGGCUUUACUGCCGGCUGUUUGAAUGGUUUAGCGGCGAAAGCAAAGCUCAACUGGGAUGCGAGUAUUAUAAAACUCGAGUUAGGCUCCAGUGGAAAAGAGAAACAGAAGCCACCCUUGCCCGGGAGUGAGAAAAGGUGAGACGCUGAGUGAGUGAGGGAGCAAGUGAGAGAAGGAACCAGAGAGAGAGAGAGAGAGAGAGAGGCCAUGGAGCAUCAGAGACAGAGGACUCUCUCCACAUCAGGAGAAUCACUGUAUGUCGUGCUCGGAGUCGACAAGAAUGCCACGUCGGAGGACAUCAAGAAGUGUUACAGGAAACUGGCAUUGAAGUUCCACCCAGAUAAGAACCCAGAUAACCCAGACGCAGCUGAAAGGUUUAAGGAAAUCAACAACGCUCACUCCAUCCUGGUCGAUGACACCAAGAAGAACAUCUAUGACAAAUACGGCUCACUGGGGCUCUAUGUGGCAGAACAGUUUGGAGAAGAGAACGUCAACACCUACUUUGUUCUGUCCAGCUGGUGGGCGAAGGCCUUGUUCGUCUUCUGUUGCCUGGCCACAGGUUGUUACUUCUGCUGUUGCCUGUGUUGCUGCUGUAACUGUUGCUGCGGUAAAUGUAAACCUCGGCCGCCCAUGGACCAGGAGCCCGAGUUCUAUGUCUCACCCGAGGACCUCGAGGCCCAGAUGACUGCUGAUGAAAGAGACGGCGAGCCCAUCGUGAUGCAGCCGUCUUCGGCCACAGAAACCACCCAGCUCACCUCUGAUGCCCACCACAGCUACAAGACCGACACAUACUAGAAACACACAUCCAGAGCUCACACCUACAGUUAACCACACAGCGACAAUAUCAACUAAAAACACACACACACACACACACACACACACACACACACACAAUCACACACACACACAACAGGCUCUACCACAAUCACAGGACUGAUGCAUAUGCUGCACACUUUCACAUUUUUAUCACAGUUCAUCUGUGUCAUUCACCAUCCACACGCAGAAACAACAAAAGCACAGCCCUGCAAAAACUACUGACCGUCACUCUGACAGUUAGAAUGAGCUCAGCCCAGAUGUUUCUCUUUUUCUAUUUUUCAAAUUGAGGUGAAUGAGGGGAGAAGGAGGGGCAGAACCUGGAGGAGAAAGCCAAAAACACAAGCACUGAAUUUAAGUUUUACGUCUGGAUACUAGAAUUAGACGAGUGAUCUCACAGUAACGUACACUGUAAAAGCUCACUUUUUUUCUGUCACUUAAAAAUAUCAGGAAUGCAGACAGCAAAUAGGGACACAAACAGUAGUGACCAUGUCCAAUCAUGCAGAUAGAUAUACUAAAUACAGUCCUAAAAUACAAAAGUGAAAAAAAACUGCACAACUGAUUUGAACAAGUUUCUUUUUACAAGUUUGAGAAGUGCGUCUAAAUUGAGGGAAACUAAGUGACCACAGAUGAAACAAGACUAACACUACUUGAAUAUUUUGUUCAUGUGAAACAAAUUGUAUCACUGACAUGUGAGGCAUAAAACUUGGUUCCCACUCAUUACAUUUGGUAAAGCCCUAUUCAGACAUGGGAUGUGUAACAUUAUUGCUUCAUCAGUCUGUUAAAGUGAUGGCAUUCUAUUAGGUAGAAGCAAGAAAUUGAACUUUAGCGCUUGUUAAUGUUUCAUUAAAACCCAGAUUACAUUCAUUACUGGUGAGUCUCAUUAAUAUGGUUGCGUUGCACUCUUUAUUGUAGUAAACUUAGAUUUUUAUGGACAUUUUAGUUUGCAAUGAAUGUGAAGCUCAAAAUACGGUGCCGUUCAGACUUGUGCUGUGCUACAACUGAUAUUUAAAUAUUACUAGGUCAGACUUAGUAAAACUGCCAUCAAGACAGAAAAGUUACCAGGAUGCUUGUUUUUGCAUGAAGACAACACGUUCAGACGCUGUCAGAUUAACAGUGGGCUACACUUCUCUAAAAGGGGCUUUAAAUCUGAAUUUCUUUAAUUGUGCACUCUUCCGUGAGAUCAUGAGCACAAUCCUGAGACAACUGGAAUGUUAGGAGAGUGUUUUCGCUUUGUUGUUGCAUAAUUCUUAAACUUAAGGAUGUACUUCGAAAGCCAUAUUGCGUACUUUUCCAUUGUAGUUAUAGCUGCAAGGUCCAGUUUUUGCUUUUUCUCAACAGUUUGCACAAACCAUCCAGACGUAGCCCAAAUUUUAUGAUGCGUUCUGUAUGUAUGCGUUGAAGAUAUUGCUGCCAGAUGUUCAAAUACACAAAGCAGGCGUCCUGUGUGGUGCAAUCAAGCAAUGAUCGAUGUGGCCCAAAGACCACAGGAUGAUUUUUUUUUAGUGGCUGAAUCAUGACCAACUCUUAUUCUAGUCAAUACUACUUUGUAUAAUACCGCUGGAAAGUUUGGAUGGAGCUGUUAUUGAUCAAAUGACGCAACCUGUGCCAUUCCUCUGGAUAGGCUUUCAAAUCUGCCGAUGGGUUUUAGGGUUUCGAGGGUUAAAAAAAAAAUCCGGAUUUUGUUGUUCAUGAAGUUUUUAUCUGCUGGUAAAGGCAUUUUCCAUUAAGCUUGCUAUGAAAGACUUCCCUCUCAGCUCUAUUCUGGCUGGAAGUAGGUCAGUGAUCCUGUGUGAAUGUUCAGUGAGGAGUUGAUAGGACUGGGUGGGGUGGGGGUGUUUAUUUGUCCUCAAUGCCCUCAUGAACAUUACAAGAGUCCCGCUCAGUGUGGAGCUUUUAAACAGGUGCCGCUCUGACUCUGGCUCGCGUCAUCAUGACUGAACAAAUAGCUGGAAGUCAUCACCAGCCAGCAGAGAAGCAACACUGCUAAAUGUUUAUUGUAUCUGUUGUGCUUCUCAGCUGCAUCACUGACCAGUCCUCUACUCAUCUAUUAGUCAUAUUAGUCACUGAAACAGUUGCAUCAAUUUCUCACUGAUGAGCUUUUAAUUCUCCUCCUCUUCCAUCGCUUCUUCUCUCCUCCUCUUCUCUGUUAAUUCUUUUUUUUCUUUACGUUCAACCUCGUAUCAUUUUUUCUACCACAUUUUAAGGGUUUGGCUCCCUGGUUCACACUGAAGCUGUGGGAGCCACAGCACAGUCCAGUGUUAUUAGUAGACUUUACCUACAUAUUUACAUACAUACACACUGAUUGAGUCCCUUUUUGUUUGUUUUUAGUUUUCGUUUUGUUUGUGAGAAGGUAAAAAAAAAUUCUGUACAUGUCAUGUAAAGUGUAAGUUUAGAUUUCCCUGUAUUAACUUUUUUUUUGGUUUUGUUUUCCUCUAUCUGUCUCUAGAUUUGCUUUUCAUUGUUUCUGUUUUUCUGAUUUAUGUUGUUGUCGAAGGGAGGAUAUUGAUAUCCAAAGUCUUAUUUGUCCGCGUGGCCACAGAUUUGUAGAGUCAUUAUAGCAACUGGAGAGCAUUUCACCGCAAUCACACUAGUUAGCAGAAACUUUAUUUUUCCUUUUUAGUAGUUCUUUGUUUGUCACACAACGGUAGCAGUCCAGUAGAAGGAAAGUACAAGAACUUUGUGGUCGUUUGUGUCAAUAGUUUCAUUUUUGUAAAAAGAAAAAACAACAAAAAAAAGCACCUACACUGAACCAAACAGGCUGAUUAAUUCACUGUAUUUUGACUGCUCAAUCAAACACGCACUCGUUAUGUAUUUAUACAUAUCAUGAGAAAGUGCAAUAGGAGCUUAUUGAGUCUCUUUCACGGCUGUCCUCCACUCUGAGACUUCCAAUCAGUGUGCAAAGGUUUCAGGGAAUCUGCAGGUUAAUAGGAAAAUGUUAGCUCAGUUUGAGGCCCCAAGAAGAAGAAUCAAAUUAUUUACCCUCCCAGUCCCAGAGAAAAGUUAAGACAAUAUGCGAUCCAGACAUUUAAACUUAAUGUUCUCCAUUCAGAGUUCACAGUUUGAUUUGUCACAUUUUUGUAUUCUUUGUUCAAGUUUCGAUUUGGAUCUUGAACAAAGGAUUUCAGAAAAAGUACUCUUUUUAGGGCUUUUUAAUGAGUUUUUAUGAAACCUGCAUCUGCUCUGUUUUACCCAAAUAUCUCUCGACUUGAUUAGUUUUGUGCUUUUUGUCACUGAAAUGCCACACUGUUAAAUCACUAAUUUGUUUUCUCAUUUCUGACCAAACGGUGUCUGAGUGAAUGCGGCGUGAAGCCUGAAAUCCAGAAACGUGGAGUCGAGACUCUUUCAUUAUUAAAACCAAAACAAUGACGUUAAUAACGAGCUGAUGUAAGUGUGAAUAUAGCGACCAGAUGAUGAUAAUAUUGAAGCGUUAUUUUAUUUAUUUUAUUUUUCUUAUCUUUUUAAUAAUUGAUUAACUACUAGCUGGUAUGUUAAGGAGAUGUAUAGAAUUUUAGAUGUGAACAAUUUUGGCAUUGAUGCGCCAAAAUGGCCGACCUGCUGUAUAUACUCGCAGUGGCACAGUACAUAGAGACGUAGAGGAUUUCUGUUUUUAGCAUGGACUGAUGAUGUGUGCGUCUGUCAGGCAGACAUGUGGGUAAAUGAAGUAUCUGAUGUACUGUUGUAAAAUAAAUGUUUCUGAUGCUUCAGA